UUAUGUCUAAAAGAUAAUAGAUCUAUCUAGAUCUAUAUUAGGGUAUAUUAGAUCUAACAGCUCUGUUAUGUUACAGUGUCUGUAGACUAGAUCUAAUUCAGAGUUGGCAUCUUUUGGUUGUUAAAAAAAUUAACUGUAUACUGUAUACGUAUAAAAACGAAAGUAGGCAAUCCAAGAAGGUAGUCUUGCUACUGAGAUAGUCUACUCUAAUCUAGUCUAGAUCUAGAUCUAAUCUAGCUCUAGAUUACAUUGGUUAACAAUUAUAUAGACCUAAAUCUAGAAAUGUCAACUAAUAGUACAAUAAUCCCAUCGUUCUUAGCAACUUGGCUAAAAUUAAUUGCACCAGGCGAAUGCUACGAGGAAUUUUUCAUUAAGCUGAAUUUUUUGCACGUUCUGUGUGCAAAGAUUCUGAUAAGCAAAUGCCUUGGAUAUGCUAUCAUCUGUGGUUCAUGUAUUGUGAAAGUGCCCCAACUAAUCAAGAUUUUAAAGGCUAAGAGUGGUGAAGGGAUCAGCUUACCAAGCGUGACAUUUGAGUUAGUUGCCAUCUCAGCUACUUGGGCUUAUGGAAAAGGACAUAACUUUCCCUUCUCAUCGUAUGGAGAAUCAAUAUUUUUGGCAAUACAAACCAGUAUCAUUGCAUUCCUUGUGCUGGCAUUUUCUAAUCAGCUAACAAAGGGUUUAGUCUAUGUGGCAGUUUAUGCAGGAACCCUUGCAUUUCUUUUAUCACCUUCUGCUCCCAUGAGCUUGUUGGUUGUUUUACAAGGAGCAAAUAUAGUCUUGGUUUCUUUUAGUAAAAUGAUUCAAGCAGUAUCCAACUACAACAAUGGCAGCACUGGACAGCUUUCUGUUAUAACAGUUUAUCUCUUGUUUCUGGGUUCUAUAGCUAGGAUCUUCACCUCAGUCCAAGAAACUGGUGACAUGUUUGUUGUCAUCACCUAUUGUGUGGCCACUCUGUUCAAUGGCGUUAUUGCUGCCCAGAUGAUUUAUUAUUGGAAUACCACACCUAGUCCACAAGAACAGAGUAAGAAAAGUUCCUAGUGAUACAGAACCAUUCCAGAUAUUUUUAAUAUCAAAUUUUACCAUCAGUUAUAAAUUAUAUCCUUUUAAUUAGCAUGUAAUUAUUUUAAUAGUGAUUGUAUAUAUCAUAUGCAUCUUCUUUAAAUUAUUGUAAAACCUUCCAGAUUUUAAAAAAAUAUAUACUCAAAUGUAUUGCUUUGUUGGUUUUUAUUAUUGUUAAUGUCUUUGUCAUAUCAUAUUAUUGUCUAUUUUAAUAUAGCCAAGAACUUACAACCACAUCAAAAUUAACAUAUACAUGGUCAUAUGAGUGCAUUCAAUCAAUUUCUUCUAUGAGCCAAACUUCAAUCAAAUUUGUUACCCACACUUUUGAAAGAUUUUCUAAAAAAUGACUUAGGGAGAAUAAUGGUUAAUUAUUCUACUAUACUGAAAAGUAUUGUUUUGUAUUACAUGUUCCUUCAAAAUUAAAGAUAAAGAUUAUUAAAUCCUAGCUCAAACCUCCUGCAGAUGACAGGAAGGGUUUGAUCUUUGGAUCAUCAGACCACUGACCAUAGCGCAUACCACACAACCAUGCAGACUUCUUGAGAUCAGACAGCUAAAUAAGGCUCAAUAGUCUCCCAUCACUGUUGUCAACAUUUGUGAAUUAUUAAAAAGUUAAAAAGCUUUGGCUAGAAUUCAAAUUUAGCAUUUUGGCCACCAUGGGCUUACAUCUCUGGCACUAUGACACAUAUUCAUGGGUCUUCAAUAGUUAUGAUCACUUGCUUUGAAAGAAACUGUACAUGUGUCAUAUUGCUGUUAUUUUUUUAAUGUAACAAAUAAUGAACAAAACAAACCCAACUGAUUUCUUAAAGGUGCAAACACUGAAUAAAUGUAUGUAUUAAUUUUUUCUCCUGUUUCAUUUGGACAUUUAAUAUUAGUUUUACUGUUACCUGACACCGUAUUCAUAUUAAAACUGACAUUUUUACAUAAGUUAAAGAUUGUUAUUUGUUUUUCACUUUAUGGAUAAUUAAUGAUUCUUUCAAAAAUGCAGUUUAAACCCAGAAAACCAUCCUGUAAUUAGAUUCAAUAGUAGUUAUUUAAAAAUGUACAAAUAGGUGAGGGCUAUAAGUCAUCAAGAAACCUUUGUUAACUGUUGUCAUCAUAAUUGGAUCAACUGUAUUUAAAUUAUGCUUUCUUUUUAUAAAUUUAGUUUGUGUUACAUUACUGGAAAUAUAAAAAUUUAAAUAUACUGGUACUAAUAAUUCCUGUUUCAAUAAGUUGAAACAAACUUUCACUAGUUCUUUCAGAGCUAUACCAUUACAUGUGCAUCUAGUUCAGUUCUUUGCUUGUUAACAUUAAUAGAGAUUCUGGUUAACUUUGUAUGUUAUUUUUUUUUUUACAACUUUGUUUUAUGUUUGUGAUUCAUGUUUAUUUGAAUUGAUCAUGACAUAGAUUUUAGGAAUUGUUGACUGGAAACAAAAUCAUACAAAUUAAAAUUUGUUAAAAAGAUA